AUGAAACCAUUCUUGAUGAUGUUUUUCCCAUCGGUGUACUGGAAGAUGGUUCAGGACAAAGACCAAGAAAAUCAAUACUGCAAAUUUGAUAGCAGCCUACUAUCAUUUUUCACUUCUUUCCUCUACCUGGCAGCAUUGGCAGCUUCGUUGUUUGCCUCAAUAGUUUCCAAGACCUUUGGCCGGACUGCCUCGAUGUCUUUUGCAGGUGUUGCUUUUCUUGUUGGAGCUAUCCUAAAUGGUUCUGCUGCAAAUGUGUAUAUGCUCAUCAUAGGUCGUUUACGGUUUGGUGGUGGCAUAGGAUUUGGUAACCUCGUUGUUCCAAUUUACUUAUCCCAAAUAUCACCAGCGAAGAUUUGGGGGGCACUCAAUAUUUAUGGCUUCCAAUUGGCAGCCACAAUUGGGAUUCUUAUAGCAAAUGUCGUGAACUAUCAUACGAAUAAAAGCAAAGGUGGAUGGGGAUGGAGAGUGUCUCUAUCCCUUGCAGCCAUCCCUGCUUUGUUUAUGAUUAUCGGAUACGUAUUCCUAACGGAUACUCCAAAAUCUAUUCUAGAGAGAGGCAACACAGAAACGGCAAAAGAUAUGUUACAAAGAAUCCGUGGAACAAAAAAUGUUGAAAGAGAGUUCCAGGACAUUCUGAAUGCGAGUGAGGCUGCAAAGAAAUGGCAGAACCCGUGGAAAAACAUUAUACAGAGAAGAUAUAGGCCUCAGCUUGUCAUGUGUAUCCUGAUUCCUUUUUUUCAACAGCUAACAGGGAUCAACGUUGUUAUGUUUUAUGCACCUGUUCUCUUUAAGACUAUGGGUUUUGGUGAUAAGCCUUCAUUUACGUCUGCUGUUAUAACAGGCGCUGUUAAUGUCCUUUCAACUUUAUUGUCCAUCUGCUAUGUCGACAGGUUUCGUAGAAGGGCUUUGUUGCGUGAAGGUGGCAUGCAAAUGGCUUUUUGCCUGGUAUGUCUUCACUUACUACAAUUUUCAAUUGAAAUCCUUUAAGAAGAUAAAGGCCUUCUGCCUGAUACC